CAUAUUGCAUUAUGGGAUAUAAAAUGUCCCCCAACGGGACAAGUUAGCGUAUUCGAUAUUUGGGAUUAUUUCAUACUAUUACUUCGUUUGUAAUAUUAUUUACAGACGAUUGUUUACAGGGUUGAGUGGCAUUCACUCGCAGCUAUGUCAACAAAGAUGGAGUCGAAAGUAAGAAGUGAGUCGAGCUCAAGAACGAAAGAAAGAAGGAGAUCCAGAAGCACUGGCACAGAGAAAAGGAAGCGGAAACGAAGCCGCAGCCGGUCCUCCUCUUCAUCCUCCAGCUCGUCAUCGUCUUCGUCGUCCUCUUCGUCGUCCUCUUCUUCCUCCAGCUCGUCCAGCCGCAGCCGCAGUAGCUCCAGCAGCAGCAGCAGCAGCGAUUCCCGAAGUAAAUCCAGAAAGCAGUUAAAGAAAACGAAAAAGGACAAAAGAAAAAAGGAGAAAAGGAAGAAGGAGAGAAAACGUAAACGGGAAAAAAAGGAGAAGAAAGAAAAAGAGGACAACUCUGGCCCUGUCAAGAUUUCCAGGUUCUUGAAGGAGCGAAAGAAUGGCAAGUACAGCAUGAUCUCGGGAAAGAAGAUCAAGAUGAAAGUUAAGAAGUCGAAGAAAGACAAACAGGAGGCGAAGAAUCGGGCGGAGCUCCUUGAUUUCCUCAACUCGACACUGUGACCGUGUAAACAUUCACCCCCCCCCCCCCUCUACCGAGCUCAGGAGAAUGAGCUCGCCCACGACUCUCGGACAAUUAGUACAAAGGUGUUGUCACGGCAGCCGACAAAGCUGCGCCCAGGCAGCCCCAGCGCACCAUGCCCCCGCCCGUCACUGUGGCUGGAGGUAUUUCUCAGUGCAAGCAGAGGACCUGCUACCUAAUGCACAGUUUGACUGGAGCCCGCUCUCACUACCGGUGACGUGGUAGGUUAUCUAUUGGUAAUAAACGGGACGUCAUUUUACUCCCUGACUAAAAGAGUGCUGUCUGAACGCAUGAUUACUCCUGUGGUUGCUAUUCCCCUACUUUAAAUUUGCUUCUGUACGCACAUGUUUGGUUUAUAUGCGGUUUCGGUUUUAUUAAGUUAAUUGUUCAAUUUUUUUAGCUAAUUGUCUUAAGCUUCCAUCAAAAGGUUGAGAAGUCUGCAUCGUUUAGUGAUCACACAGCAUUAUAUGUCACGGUUCAUACCGUUGUUGAGCGUCAGUUACAGACAGACGUGUUCCCACAGUGGACAUGGUAUCCUCCGUUCAGGUAGGUUUAGGCUGAGCAAUCACAAAGCCUCCAAUGUUAAACCAACUGUCAUGUUUUAUUUUAGAUGGGUAUAUGUCUGUUGGAUAUUGUGUUGAAAAAUGUGGCUUACCAAGUUUAAGAGACGAGACAUGGUAAUAAACUGCAGAAUGACCCCCAUAAUACUGUGCAGUCGGAUGAUUUCAGACCCCACUCCUUUCUGUCUUCAUUUGCGAACUGAAAAAAGCAUGGCAGACAAAGCAUGUGUCCUUGUAGCGCUGAAUUUCUACGUGGCCUUGUAUGAUGAAUGGUGGUUCGGAAAACCUUUUAGGGGACUUAAGAGGACGUAUCCUAGUGUCUUCGCAUACAGAAACGGUAGUGGAGAUUAGCGUUUUAAUGGCUUGCUGUAUUUCACUACAAAUCAGUUAAAACAUCAAAGAGGAUUCAUUACUUACACAUACAUUUCAAAAUUACACACAUUUUUCAUUGUAUAGUGGCACACAAGUGUUGGGUAUAAAUUACAUUUGUAUUAUAUUAUAUAUUAAGGUUAACUAUGUAUAUCAAAAAUAGUAUUUCCAAUCGUAGUCACCAAGACAACAGGUGAAGACGAGGCUUGCAUUAACAGACGAGUUUGAAAACCCUUCAAAUCCUCUGGGAACGCACUAUAAAAGGUGUGAGUUACAACUGUGCUUUAUAAAGACGCAUGUUCCAAUAGUUUGGACUUCAUAGUGGCUCAAAAG